AUGUUCCGUACCUCUUCUUCCCGGGAACCGGACGAUGUCGAAUGGAGAGCAGCAGACCGAGGAUCGAAUGGUGUUACCCAGCCACCCCUACAUCCAGAGACGUCGAACAACAAACGCAAGCGGCAAAGCAGUUGUUUUUGCGCACCGCAGAUGUUCGGCGGUGGCAUCUUCUUACCGGACCCCUCAACGUAUGACCCUUUAGAAAUCUUGCUCAACACGCAUGACCAAAGCGAGAGAGAUGAGCUUGUCGAAAAAUGGAGAGACAACAAGCUAAGCGAGCUGAACUUUGUUGGUGUCGUGGUAAGUACUGUAUCCAUUGAUGAUGCCGCACCGCUGACGAUCGUCAAGUCCGCCCUGCUUGCGGGUGUCCUUACCUCGACAGGCAGCUGGCCGAAUAUCCUCACCACUGGCAGGCCCACUCCGUGGUAUGUCCGGACAUCGUGGUACUGUGGCAUCAUCAUCACAAUGCUCUCCAUCAUCAGCGCAGCCGACCAGACCGUUGCGAUAGUUUUCACGGCUGUUGCGGCUCUGACGAUUAUCAUGUUCUUCGUUGGGCAGAUUUCGCUGUACUCGCCGAUCAGGGAGUAG